UGCCAUCAACUACGGGUAAUGUUUUAGUGACAACCGUCGGUAACUGCUCCCUAUCGUCCUCAACGCACGUCUAUCCCUCCUUUUUUCAUGCACCUAGCUAUCUUUUUUACUUGCUUUUCCUCGCCUAUAUAAUAGCUGUACUUUAGCUUUCUAUAUACUCAUUCCACACUUCGAAGUCAUUAAACCAAUUGAGCGUGAAAAAGUGAGUUAAUAGUUUCUUCAGUUCAGGACAAUAUGCAGGGAAGGAUGUUUGAUCACAUUCAGAAUCUCGAGAAGUCACGCACUAACUGGAAAAUCAAAGCAAGGCUCACACGCUUUUGGCCAACAUUUGCUCCAGAAACAUCAACCAUCAAGGGAUACAAUUUGAUUCUCCUCGACGAUGAUAAUUCUCAUGUGCAUGCAUAUGUUUACCCCGAUAACUGGCGAGCUAUUGGCAAAGAGGUCGCUGAAGGGAAGGUUUAUGUUGUUGAGAACUUUCAGGUCAGAGAUACUAUUGGGAAAUUAAAACCUGUCUCAACAAAGCUUUGCCUUCGACUUCUUAAUAGUACUACCAUUAAGGAAGUGGAGGACGAUGUUAUGAUCCCAAAGCAUAAGUUUGAAUUUAUGGACAUGGGAGACUUGCUUGAGGAGUGUGACCGUUUGUCGGAGAAUCAGAAUCCGGAAUUUGCUUAUGAUGUCAUUGGUGCUGUGGAGGAGUUCGACAAGGUAAAGCGAGUUCCGACAAGAUAUGGGGAGAGAGACCAAACCCGGUUCAUAUUUACGGAUGGCCGUUUAAAAUUCAAAGUAACGCUUUGGGGUGACUUUGCUAGCUCGGUUAGUGAAAGUUUUAAGCCAGAUCUUGAGAAACCUGUGAUAGGCGUGCUCACGAGUGCGAAAUUGUCAACUUUUAGGGAGGAACAUCAAAUUGGAGCCUUGCCGUCGACAAAGAUUUACUUUAACCUCCCAAUUGAUUCAGUUGCUGAAUAUCGUGAAAGAUUGCGGGAAGAAGGUUAUAAACCAGGAAAAGUAUAUGCUGAUUCCACAUCUAAUGCUUCCACAAGGAUUGUUAUUGAGAAGACGUCCUUCAAGCAGAUGAUUGAAGAUCCCGGAAAUUUUCGGUACAAGAGGACUGUAAUGAUCAAGUUUGUCAUUACCAAAGUUGAGGAAGAGGAUAACUGGUGGUUCAAUAGCUGUGUUUCCUGCCAGGCUGAGGUUGAAAAAAUAGACAAAAAAUUCAAGUGUCACGAGUGUAACCGCAGUUUUGGAUACUGUGAGAAAAGGUUUCGCAUUUUUGUUCUGGCUGACGACAGCACGUUACUGACAAAUGUAAUUCUUCUUGACCGAGUUGUUAAGCGUUUGGCUGGCACUACUGUAGCUAAUCUCCUAACUCAGAUUAAACAGGAUAACUCUGUCACUGUUGCAUCUGCUAUCUUGGUAGCAUUAUCGGAAAAGAGGUCAUUGUUCUGCUGCAGUUAACAGAUGCUAAUGUGGCCGGAGAUAGUAAUCUCUACAAUGUAGUAGAUUUGUGUGAUUCUGCAAUGUACGAAGGUGCAAUGGUUUUGGCAUCACCAACUCAGGCUACCAGUUCAUUUUCUAUGGAGGGUGACUCUGUUGUUCCUGGCAUUGAGCUUUUUGAAACUCCAGGUUCAUCUCAUUCAGCCACAAAGAAAAUCAAAGUGGAGGAUACCCCAGCAUGAUGCUACAAGCGGCUUGAUUAUGCACCCCUGUGCUGCGGCCUGUGCUCUUUUUUCUGCAAUUACUAGACGUUUUCAAUUUGUUUCAAGAAGUUUUUUUUGUUCUCCACUGUGAUUGGAGUGUUUCCCUAAGUUGUUCUGUUUUAUUCCAGUUUCAGGACAAGGUCUUAUGUCUUAGUUUUUGUUGAAUUGUUUUCCAGAUGUAUUGGAUCCAAAUGCUUUCAGUCUAUCGUUGUUUAUGCAAAACUAUCUCAUAAUUUGCACUUG